AUGUUGAAGAAGUACGUGCUCAAGCUGACCAACACGAUCGGUACGGUCGACUAUCUGAAGCGCCGUUCAUCCACACCGACGGAAGUGAUCCGCCAGCAACAGCAGCAGCAGCAGCAGCAGCAACAGAACCAACAGCAGCCAGAAAACCUUUCUACGUCGCAGAAAGGCUUGGGGAAGUUUUCGCGCAAUGGCCGGAAAUGUUUGCGGCGGCGCUUCUCGAGCAUUUCGUCCGCCGACAGUGGCAUCCUGGAGGAGAUCGACCAGGAGGACGAGCUGCAGGCACAGCUUCAGCAGCGCCAGGAGCAGCACUUGCUACGGUUACAGGAGAGGCAACUGCUGGAGGAGGAGCAGGAGGAGACUGACUCCGCGAUAACGACACCCACAUCGGAGGAGACCGAGCACGAUCUUGCUAGCCGUCUGCCAACCACCCUCGAUACUUCGCUGCUGGCCGUGCCGGUAGCACAGAUCAUCAUCUCCACAGCGAUAGCGGAACUCCGGACCGCACUGCUGUUCUAUCCAUGGUUCCACGGCAAUCUGUCCGCUAAGGAGGCGGAAAAGCUUAUCCUAGAACGCGGCAAGAAUGGUUCGUUUCUAGUGCGUGAAUCUCAAAGCAAGCUCAGUGAUUUCGUGCUUUCUGUCCGGGCGGACGACAAGGUGACGCACGUCAUGAUUCGAUGGCAUGAGAAAAUGUACGACGUUGGCGGUGGGCAAAAGUUUGCAACCUUGUGCGACCUGAUCGAACACUACAAGCGCAACCCGAUGGUGGAAACGUGCGGUACCGUCGUCCAUCUGCGGCAACCGUUCAAUGCGACGCGCAUCACGGCGGCCGGCAUCAACGAUCGGGUCGAGCAGUUGCAGCGCGAAAACAGUGGCCAAUCGUACGGCAAGGGCGGAUUCUGGGAGGAGUUCGAAUCUCUGCAGCAGCAGGAAUGUCGGCACACGUUUUCGCGCCGCGAAGGCCAACGGAACGAGAACCGCGCCAAGAAUAGAUAUAAGAACAUUUUACCAUUUGAUCAUACCCGCGUGAAGCUGAAAGACAUGGACAGUUCGGUACCGGGUGCCGACUACAUCAAUGCCAACUACAUCCGUCAACCGACCGAGGCAGAGCAGUAUGAUAUGAGCUCGUCGUCGGAAAAUUUGGCCCAGCCGAACGGCUGCACCGGGGGCUCGCAACCAAACACCACCAACAACAAUGGCACCAAUGGUAGCAACAUCUCGCCGGCGUACAGUGCCGGGUCGAGUCAGCCGACGAAAAAUUGUUCCAGCUGUCAGCUGCUCAACAAACCCUGCUCCCAGUGCUCCCUAAAGGCCAACAGCGAGAUGAAACACAAACGCAACGAAUCGAUCACAUCCCGCAUGCAGUUGCAGCAACAAUCACCCCACAAGCGGGACGAGAAGGACAUGUUCAAGACGUACAUCGCGACGCAAGGAUGCCUCACCAACACGAUACAGGACUUCUGGAACAUGAUCUGGCAGGAGAAUACGCGCGUCAUCGUCAUGACAACCAAAGAGAUGGAACGGGGCAAGAAGAAGUGCGAAAAGUACUGGCCCGAUCCGCAACAAAGCAAAGAAUGGGGGCACGCGCGGGUGCGGUGCCUGAGCGAGACGAGUACCGCCGACUAUACGCUUCGCGAGUUCCUGCUGUCCUGGCGCGGGCAGGAGGAUCGCAAAAUCUACCAGUACCACUUCCAGGUAUGGCCCGACCAUGGUGUACCGGGUGAUCCGGGUUGUGUGUUGAACUUCCUGCAGGACGUGAACACGCGCCAGGCCCAGCUGCAGCUGGAAGGAUUGACACCGGGUCCAAUCUGUGUGCAUUGCUCGGCUGGAAUCGGACGAACUGGAACGUUCAUAGUGAUCGAUAUGAUUUUGGAUCAAAUUCUGCGUCAAGGACACGAAUGUGAAAUUGACAUCCAGCGGACGAUCCAGAUGGUGCGCUCGCAACGGUCCGGCAUGGUGCAGACGGAAGCUCAAUACAAGUUCGUCUACUUUGCCGUCCAGCACUAUAUACAGACGCUGCUGCAACGGAAGCAGGCGGAAAAGCAGAGCCUACAAGUGGGCCGCGAGUAUACCAACAUAAAAUAUGCAUGCGACUCGAAUGAUCUGCAGCGUACCCAACUACCCCCAUCGCUGUCAACACUAAGCUUAAACACAAGACAAGACUUGCAGAACAAUCGUAUGCAGCACAACCACACUAUUAGAUCUACGUCUGACUCACAGUUACCAUUACCAAGAACUGUGAAUGAUUUAAACAACUCAUUAUCAGUAUAUGAGAACAUUCGUGUACCACCGCCAACACCACCGAGAAAAUCAUGA